AUGUAUCUGCUGUGUUGUUUCUUUGUUAUUUCGGCCGUACUUCUACAAUUGCAUGCUCAACAGUAUCCGAGGCCGGAGAGUGUGCAGCGCCAAUUGAACGCCUAUUACGGACCGAGCAUGGGCGCGGUGGCUAGUCGUCCGCUGAGUCAUAGUAAUGCGGUGCUGGAGGAAGUGAGUCAGGCCUAUCCACAGUACAAUGCCAAGAGAUUGUUGAGUUUUUUGGUGGAUAAAUACAAGCGCGACUUGGCCUCAAAUCAAGCGGUAGGUUGGAUGAGUGAGAGUGGUCGAACGUUCGCUCCACAGAGUGGCUUUUACCCGGCUGUUGCUGUGAAUAACCAACCGUAUGCUCGUGGUUUUGUGUCGAGUGCUAACAGAGCUUUUGCUGAUACUAAUGGCCAGGCUUUUGGCGGUACUAACAACCAGGCUUAUGCUGAUUCUAACAGUCAGGCAUUUGCCGGUACUAACAACCAAGCCUUCUCUGGUGUUAACGACCAAACACCAGAGACCGCACCAAGCCCUAACACUAAUUCAGCUUCUCUUACUAACCCACAAGCUUUACCUAACCCACAAGCUUUAACUAACCCACAGAACAACGCACAACUGAACGAAAACGUUUCUCCCAUGACAAACAAUGUUCAACCAGUCGCUGCUGUUGAACAACUGGUUCCACAAAAAGCUGUUCAAGUUGAUGCCAACAUGGAGAAGCAAGCCAGUGGAUCACCGGCUUCACCAGCAGCCAAUGCGGCCCAGCCUGUACCUGAACCAUUGUCAACAGGUCCAGUCGCAAGCUACGCUCCUACGGCUAGAUUCUUGGGAUAUGCGCCAAUGAGCAAUUUUUUCGAUAAUCGUUUGAAUGCUUUUGCACAAUAA